AGCAAACCAACUGCUUUCACUGCAAGAUUAAAAAGUGCUGUUCUAGUAUCAUUCCACUUUCCCUGCCUUCUCUUCAUUGCCUCUUAUUUUCGAAGAUAGGCAUCAUUUCAUUUAGGAUAGAAUCUACUGCAUUUUUUGCCUUCUCAGUUAGAAGUACAAGUUUCAGGCCAGCAGAAUUAACAACUGUUGUCCCAGUCUCAUUUUUGCUUUCCUUGCAUUCCUCUCUUCAUUGCCCCCAUAUUUUCCAAGAUUAUUGCAUUAUUUUGGUAAAAAUCUACUACUUUUUUCUGUCUCUCAGAAGCAGUAGUUUCACGCCAGCAGCUAUCAUUCCACUUUCCCUGCCUUGUUCUCUUCAUUGCCUCUUAUUUUCUAAGAUAGGCAUCAUUUCAUUUGAGAUAUAAUCGACUGCAUUUUCUGCCUUCUCAGCGUUAGAAGCACAAGUUUCAGGCCAGCAGUGACUCAGCUAUAUAUGGAGUGGGUAGGGCCAAGCAUCGAAAUUGUUAAGCUUGUUGGUGGUCGAUUUGUGAGAUGUCUGAAAUACCAGAUAAAAUAUAAUGAUCUUCUGCAAAAGUUCGAGCAAAACAAACAAGACUUGCGCAGUCGAAAAGAUGAUAUCGAAUCAGAACGGGAGACUCAGCUUCAAUCUGCACCUUAUAAUAUUGUAAGGCUGGAAGUGGAAAAGUGGCUUAAAGAAGUAGAAGAAUUUGUUGGAAGACCGGAUGUUGUUGAUGAAGUGAACAGUUGGGGGUAUCUCUCUUGCUGUUGCCAAGCAGUGAUUCUAGAGGCAAGAACGCAGGAAUUGAAGGAAAUAUAUGAUAGAGGGGAUAACUACACUAGGGACCGUUUGGUCAUUGAAGAUCCCUCCAAAAAAUUCAAUUAUUAUGUGCAGAAACUUAAUGAAUGGAAAGAGAAGCUGCAGUGCAAACAGAAACUUAAUGAAUGGAAAGAGAAGCUGCAGUGCAAACAGGUAGACAUUGAUUCAAUACUGAAUUCACAACUUGUCUAUGGGAAAAUUGAAAUGGAGCAAGUCAAACGUUGGCGGGGGAAAGUGGAAGAGAUGUUGAAGGGAGUCAAAGAUAUUGAAGAUAAAAUUGGAGGGAGUUCCUCACAUUCUUCUGAUUCUCUAGUAAUGCAUCUUGGAGAAAAGAUUCGAGAAAUGGAGACAAUGUGUGAAGAAGGAAGUAAAUUGCCAGACUGUUUGGUCAUUGAUGAUCCAUCAGCUUGGGUAGCUGAAUUGACAACAUCAGAGUUACAAGGCAGUGAGGCUAUUAAAGCAAAUAUUUUGGCAUGCUUGAAGGGAGAAGAGGUGACAAUGCUUGGAGUUUGGGGGAUGGGGGGAGUCGGGAAAACAACAAUAAUGAAACAUGUCCACAAUGAACUGCUAAAAGAAGGUAAAUUUAAGAAAAUAAUUUGGGGAGACGACGUUGGGAGAUUGAACAAGUUGGAAGUUUUUUAUGGCCGAUUUCCCACUGUGAAUGACGUGAGAAUCUUUCUUAAAUCCCAGCCUAGUAAGCUGAAUAGCUAUUUUAUUAUUGUUGGAAGCAAUUUGGAUUACUUUAAUAAGGCAAAGAUUUAUGAAAGUCCAGAAGGGUUAUCAAGAUAUGAGAAACUAAUGCUGUUCCGGGAGACUAGUAUUGUUGGAGAGAAUACAUUAUGUCCCUCCGUCCAAUUCUUAUUUAUUUGUUAUUGCCACAACAUAAGAAGCUUAAAUGAUUUUUCUGAAAUUAAAGAUGUAACAGAUUUGAGUAGAUGUGUGAUUUGGGGUUGUGAUGGCAUGGAGUGGAUUCUUUCCUCGUGGAUAAAUAGCGGAGUCGUCCAAACCCUUAAGUAUCUAGAACUUUGGGGUUUGGACAAAUUGGAUGGGCUAUUUGAAGCAGACGUUAUUGCGAAGUCAUCACGUCCACGUGGGAUUUUUUCAUCUCUUAAAAAAGUUGUGAUUCGCGAAUGCAAAAAAAUAAAAAAGUUGUUUCCAUCUUGGAAGUUGGUGGAAUGUCUCAAAAAGCUUGAAGAUCUUUAUGUCGACGACUGUGAAGAAAUGGAAGAAAUAAUAGCAUCAGAUCCAGAAGAAGAAGGAGAAGAAGGAGGGGACAUCAUCAAGAAGCUCAUUCUUCCAAAAUUAAAAAAGCUGACAUUGUCGGAUUUGCCCGCAUUAAAGAGCAUCUGUAGCAGGAGGGCAGUAAUAGUAUGUGAUUCUCUUGAAAGCUUUAUAAUUUUUAGAUGUCCUCAUUUAUCUCUCGAUGUGUGGGACAACUUGGAUUGGGUGUUUGAAGUAGAAUUGAUUGCCACGUCACCACCUCGGUCUAGCACUUUUUCAUCUUUGAAGGAAAUUGAAAUUUGGCAUUGCAACAGAGGAAAGACGUUGUUUCCAUCUUGGAAGUUUCUGGAAUAUCUCCAAAGUCUAGAAAGGAUUUCUGUCGGAUAUUGUGAAGAAAUGGAAGAAAUAAUAGCAUCAGAUCCAGAAGAAGAAGGAGGGGACAUCAUCAAGAAGCUUAUUCUUCCAAAAUUAAAAGAACUAGAUUUGCAAUUCUUGCCUGCAUUGAAGAGCAUCUGUAGCAGGAGGGCAAUAAUGGUAUGUGAUUCUCUUGAAUCUAUUAGCAUUUGUACUUGCAAGGCCCUAAGGAGGAUUCGUUUUUGUCUCCCUCCUCGUCAAUCUCUUUAUGGGUUGGACGACUUGGAGGAUUGGGUGUUUGAAGUAGAAUUGAUUGCCAUGUCACCACCUCAGUCUAGCACUUUUUCAUCUCUUAAAAAAGUUGAUAUUGGCAGCAGUUGCAACCAAGUAAAGAAGUUGUUUCCAUCUUGGAAGUUUGUGGAAUAUCUCCAAAGUCUAGAAAGUAUCUCUGUCUAUGACUGUGAAGAAAUGGAAGAAAUAAUAGCAUCAGAUCCAGAAGAAGAAGGAGAAGAAGGAGAGGAAGGAGGGGACAUCAUCAAGAAGCUCAUUCUUCCAAAAUUAAAAAGGCUGUCAUUGCAAAAAUUGCCAGCAUUGAAGAGCAUCUGUAGCAGGAGGGCAGUAAUGGUAUGUGAUUCUCUUGUAGAGAUUGGAAUUUGUGAUUGCAAGGGCCUAAGGAGGAUACCUCUUUCUCUUCCCGUGGUUGAUAACGCCCAACCAUCUCCUCCUUCCCUCAAAAAAAUCCACAUGUAUCAACGAGAAGAGGAAUGGUGGGAAUUGUUGGAGUGGGACCAUCCCAAUGUAAAGGAUGUCCUUCGACCCAUGGUUCAAUUUUUUCCCGAUGAUCUCCGGCUUCCAUAAUCAGAGUCGGAACAGUUGGAAUCGGUGGAUUAUCCACAAGAUUGAAAGGAAGUCGGUUUAUUCAGCCAGUCUGUUGCUUUUCGUUCCGGGCUUCAAAGGAUGUCCUUUCUACUACCCUUGUGUGGAUUGUUUUAGUGUGAUUCUUGUGUUUUCAUAUGCUGUUUGUAACUUAAUUGUGUUGAAAAUUGAUUUAGAACACCAUAUGUAUUCUUAUGUAUUUUCCUGCAUUGUUAUAUAUCUUGGUUGUACUAUGGUCCAUGUACAAACAGAAAUAUGUGUUUUCAAUCUAAUCUUUGAUAAAUUAACUGGAGAGAA